GCCGUAUGCCGCCUUGCAGCAUGAAGCUUUUGUGGCCGGCAUCGCAGCCUUGGCAGCUCGAUUUACCAAUGCGGCGCUCGCAUUGCUGCAGGCCUUGGCUCAGUCGUGCUCUCUGAACUCUGGUCGCUGCGCUGGUCUGCUGCCGUGCUUUGUUCCUGUGAUUCGGGACACCCUCGAUCUAGCCGCCGUGGAGCUCCAGCGAACAGCGCGGGGAGCAACCGCCCACCUUUGUCGAGGCAGCGCACCGGCCGCUCUUAUUGCUCUCGUGGCGGCUGUGGAUAGCCAGGCGAGCUCCUAUCCGUCAGUGACGACGGAGUGUAUCACCCUGAGGAGUAGUCUUUCGAAUCUCCGGUGCGGCAGCUUCUACGACCUGGGUCUCCAGUGUGUCUACAGCCUCUUCCAGGCUCGGUCCCUCUUGGCUGCGGCAUUCAGAGACUUGAGUCGCCAAGACGACCAGAAGCGCAGGCUCCAGUGGGCUUUUGUUCGACAUCUGGGGCGAGAUCGGACCGACAUCUUAGCAGGCCUGCUCUCAAUGUUGGCCCAAGAGGGCCGUGAGCUUCGGGCAGCAGAGGUGGGCGUCUUCAAAGCCGGCACAUCGAGUCGGCUGCUGGACCUCUUCGAGAACCUGAGGAUUCUCCUGGUCGACCCGUAUCAUUUGCACACGGAGAACCACACGGCGGAGUUUCAACAACUGGAGGAGUUCUACGUCUCGUCCAAGUCAACGUUUCUGGAAGCAUCGCGGGCGACGCAACGCUUCCGGCAGCGGGCAUCCUUUGUGCUGCAGAGCAGCGGCAGCCUGCAAUGGCUGAGGGGCGAUCUUGACUUUGUCUUCCUCGAUGGCGACCACCGCUACAGCAGCGUGCGGCGGGAUCUGAAGGUGUUUUGGCGCCUCCUCCGUCCUCACGGCAUCCUGGCCGGCCACGACUUCUCCCCGACCUUUCCGGGAGUGGUUGAGGCGGUGACAGAGUUUGCGUUGGAGUUUGAACUGGAGCUGCUCCUUGCCCCAGAGGUCUGGUUUAUUUUCAAACCUUCGGACCAGCACGGUUCCCCGAACCCGUCGCGGCCCGACUGGCUUUCCAAGGCGAGUCGUCGAGGCAGCUGCUACGAUUGA